CACGGGAAGGCGCCGCCCAAGAUGGCGGCGGGGCCGAGCCGCGGGCGCUGAGGCGGCGCCGGGACCGGGAGCGGGGCUGGGAACGCGAACGGGAUCGGGAGUGGGAUCGGGAGGCGGGGCUGGAGCGGGAACCGGGCGGGCCAUGGCCGCCGCCGCCGCUGCCGCGCGCUGAGGCCCCGCCGCUCACCCGGGCCGGGAUGCCCCGGGGGGGGCCCGGGCCGCCGCCGGAGCCAUGGAGGAGGAGGGCAAGAAAGGCAAGAAGCCUGGCAUCGUGUCCCCGUUCAAGCGCGUGUUCCUGAAGGGGGAGAAGGGCCGGGAUAAGAAGGCUCAGGAGAAGGUGACGGAGCGGCGGCCGCUGCACACGGUGGUGGUGGCGCUCCCGGACCGCGUGGAGCCCGACCUGCUGCUCCACGACUACAUCGAGAAGGAGGUCAAGUACUUAGGGCAGCUCACGUCCAUCCCGGGGUACCUGAACCCCUCCAGCCGCACCGAGAUCCUGCACCUGAUCGACAACGCCAAGAGAGCCCACCAGCUCCCGGGGCAGCUGACGCCCGAGCACGACGCCGUCAUCAGCCUCUCUGCCUACAACAUCAAGCUGGUGUGGCGGGACGGGGAGGACCUGAUCCUCAGGGUGCCCAUCCACGACAUCGCCUCCGUGUCCUACAUCCGCGACGACUCCGCACACCUGGUGGUGCUCAAGACAGCUCAGGAUCCCGGGAUCUCUCCGAGCCAGAGCCUGUGUGCCGAGGGCUCCAAGGCGCUGACGUUGGGCUCGCUGUCCGAGAGCGCGGGGGCGCCCCUGGACUCCUGCUGCCUGGUGGUGCUGGCCACGGAGAGCAAGGUGGGCGCCGAGGAGCUGUGCUCCCUGCUCAGCCAGGUCUUCCAGAUCGUCUACACCGAGUCCACCAUCGACUUCCUGGACCGCGCCAUCUUCGACGGCGCCUCGACACCGACACGGCAUCUGUCCCUGCACAGCGAUGACUCUUCCACCAAAGCGGACGUGAAGGAGCCCUUCGAGGCGGACGCCAGCACUUUUUCCUUUGCAGACACGCUGGAGGCAGGGGACACGUCCCCGUCCCCGCGCCCGUCCCCGCACGCGACCACGGCCAGCGAGAGCGAGCUCAGCACCACGGCCACCGAGCUGCUGCAGGACUACAUGAUGACGCUGCGCACCAAGCUGUCCUCGCAGGAGAUCCAGCAGUUCGCCAUGCUGCUGCACGAGUACCGCAACGGCGCCUCCAUCCACGAGUUCUGCAUCAACCUCAAGCAGCUCUACGGGGACAGCAGGAAGUUCCUGCUCCUGGGCCUGCGUCCCUUCAUCCCCGAGAAGGACAGCCAGCACUUCGAGAACUUCCUGGAGACCAUCGGCGUCAAGGACGGCCGCGGCAUCAUCACCGACAGCUUCGGCCGCUACCGCCGCUCGCUGGGCGCCGCCGCCGCCGCCAACGGCACCGGCGCCGCCGGCAGCUCGGACGAGCAGUCCGUGCCCUCGGAGGAGGACGAGUGGGACCGCAUGAUCUCCCACAUCAGCAGCGACAUCGAGGCCCUGGGCUGCAGCCUGGACCGCGACUCGUCCUGAGGGGAGCGCCCCGGGACACGGAGUCACCCCGGGGGCACGGGGGCCGCCCCCCGCGGGGACAGGGAGGUGCCCCUGGAGGGACCCCAGGACACGGAGCUGCCCUCGGGGGGAGCCCAGGAUGCAGAGCUGCCCCUGGAGGGACCCUGGAGCUGCCCUCAGGGGACACGGAACACAGAGCUGCCCUUGGAGGGGCCAAGAACACCGACCUGUGCCCUCGUGGAGAUCCUGGAACGUGGAGCUGCCCUUGGAGGCUCCAGCAGCACAUCUGCACUGCCCCAGCCUCAGCAACAGCUCCAGGGUCCCAGGGCUCCAGCUGGGACUUGGGGGACAGAUCUCCUCCCAGAGGGACAGACCUGCUCCUGAGGGGUGUCCUGAGUGUUGGGAUCUGUUCCCAAGGGGCUGGAUCUGCCCCCCUCCAGUUUACAGUUUGCACAGCGGCUCCCCCAGAACUGCCCCCUCCAAUGAAGUUUCACCACAAUGUGAAUUUUUUCACCUUCUCA